AUGGAAGAAACCCCUGAAUUUUGGAUGCAACCUGUGGACAUGCGACGUGCAUAUCAACACCUCCAAGCUGACUACAAUCGCUUAUGUGCACAACUCGACAAUGCACGAAGGGAGGUAACGGAAGCACGAGAAGUGCGCUUAGCCACGAAAGCAACCCAAGACCGCCUCAUGAGGGAGAAUGCAGAAUUAAAGAACACUGCAGAAAGGCGCACUAUAGAGUGUGGGAACCAGAUUCAUAAGCUGGAAACAGAGCUGAACCUCGUGACUAGAGCACUCAAGUCUAGUGAGGAAAGAGUAAAGAGUCUCGAAGGUAUCAACGAGACUCAGAGAGCUCGAAUUACAACUCUGAAAGCCCUAGCAGCAGUGCUGCUGCCUUCUCCCAUCCGAUCGCCCAAGAAACUGGUCGACAAAGGUAAAAAGAGGCAGGAUCCCACACAACAGGAUAUUCGGGAAUGGGCAACAGGAGUAACCGGACCCGCCGGCCCUAGUGGGCUCAAACUGGCAUGUCAGGCAAACCAUAAGCAGCUGCCCCCUAGGGUGCAGACGCCCCCAAUUUUCCUGGCAGAAUCCUACGAGGGAGACCAAGAUGAUGAGUUGGCAGGGGUACACUACGCGUUCCCACCAGAGCAAGAGAUUCCACCACCAGAUAGAGAUCGACGCUCUACAGCUCCUGCCCUGGCAUCCUCGGACGAAGUCAACCUUCCGGAGACAUUUGAUGGUACCAAAACCAAGGCAAAGGCAUGGCUAGUCGAUGUGAUGAAUUACAUCAUCAUGAAACCCAGUGAAUUCGAAGAUGAGCAGGGUAAAAUUCAAUGGGCAUUGUCUUACAUCUGUGGCCCUCAAAUAGACCAUUGGAAGGCCUCCCUACUGGAAAGAAUGAUGGGGGGUGCCCCAGUCUACGCCAUGCUCCAGGACUUCAUCGCAGACUUCAAGAAGAUGUACUAUCCUGCGAACCCAGAGCUAGAAGGACAAUGGAUGCUGCACACCUUGCAGCAGAGGUUCAAGCCCUGUGAGGAAUUCAAAGCCAAAUGGGAACAUUGA